ACCUGGACGGGGAAGCAGCUCUUUCCUUCCGACUGUUAGACCUGGAGCCAGGAAGGGGGCUGGAUAAGAAACGUUCUGGAAGGCUCGUCUGCUCCCCCAGAAAGCCUGCACCCCUAAUUUCUUCCCAGCCGGAUGGAAAUGAUGCUAGGGUUUCUGAUUAGCUCCUGGUGCUGAGGACGGGGUCAGUUCUGCCCUAGGCCGCCGCCCCGAGCUGAGGAUUUGGGCGGGGCGCGGGGUGGGGGGUCCCCGGAGUCGAAAGGAGCGGGCGGGGACGGGCGACGGCGGCCCGAGGGCUGCAGAGCCGGAGCCGAGACCCCCCACCCCCAUCCCUCCAUCCCGGGGGCGGGAGGAGCACGAACAAAGCGAGCGCGAGAGGCCGGGCGGGGGCCGCCCCCGACAGCGCUCGGCCCAGCCCCGGGUGCGGCUCCGCGCGGCGGCAGCCCCCGGCCCAGAUCCGGAGCGCGGCACCGCGCAGGCGGCCCGGCCCGAACCGAGGCCGAGGCCCGGAGCCCGGAGCUCCGCCCGCAGCCUCCCUGCCGGCCCCGCGGCCGGCUCGGAGCUGACCGUGGUGCUGAGCGGAGCCUCCUGGCCGCGCUGAGAGUGAUGCUGAGCAGAGCCGCCUGCCCGCGCGGACAGUGAUGCUGAGCGGAGCCGCCGCUCCGGCAGACAGUGAUGCUGAGCAGAGCUGCCUGCCCGCGCGGACAGUGAUGCUGAGCGGAGCCGCCAGUCCGGGCAGACAGUGAUGCUGAGCGGAGCCGCCUGCCCGCGCUGAGAGUGAUGCUGAGCGGAGCCGCCUGCCCGGGCUGACCGCGGUGCUGAGCGGAGCCGCCUUGGGGUCCCCGCGCGGCCGGGGGCUUCCGGAAGCAUGGAGCUGAGAAGAGGAAAGACCUUCAUCAAAUCCAGCCUGCAGAUUUCCCACGAGAAGCCCCUGGAGCCCGUGGCCACAGCUCCGGCGAGGGAGGGUGCAGGCCCCCCGUCGGUCUCGUCAGGGGGGCAGCCGUGGCCCCCCGGGGAGAGGCCCUCCCAGGUCAGCCCCGGCGUACAGGGACAUGACAAGUCCGCCAGCAAAGGCGUGCAGCUGGAGCCGGACGCGGGGGCCCCUUUCAGGCUAGUGCGCAAGAGCAAAACCCACGACAACGUGUCCGGGGCUGCGGAGCGGCUCGUGGGCAGUGCCAGCUUCUCCGAGCCCUCGGGCAACCAUCGCAUGAUCGACUACCGGCACUUCGUACCCCAGAUGCCCUUUGUGCCAGCCGUUGCCAAGAGCAUCCCGAGGAAGAGGAUUUCCCUGAAAGGACCCAAGAAGUGCUUUCGGAACCUGUUUCACAUCCGCAGGAGUAAGACCGAGAACUUGGCCUCCCUGGAGACGAAGGGGAAGGGCUUGCUCACCUCCAAGGGCCCGCUGGACAGCGGCGUGCAGCCGGGCAAGGCCCUGUUCCCUCUGGGUGAGGGGCUGGGGCUGGAGGGUCAGUCCCAGGACCUGUUUGACUUGGAGCCCCUGCCUGAGGCCUCCUUUGACCUCUGCCGGGUCUUGUGCGAAGACGUGGCCUCGCUCAAGAGCUUCGACUCCCUCACAGGCUGCGGGGAAAUCUUUGCCGACGAGAGCUCGGCACCGUGUCUGGAGCUGAACGAGGGCCCGGGGGGUCUGGCUCGGGCGGCGGUGCCCGUCUCCGAGAGCAAAGCCCCCCGGAGCCCCUUCCAGGGCGGCGUGGAGCAGCUGGCCUCGCCUGCUCAGCACGAGGCGUCUGACUUCGCCAAGUUCUGGGACAGUGUGAACCACUCGGUGAGGAAACAGCAGCGGGCCCUGGCGGGGCCGUGGCGGGGAGAGACCCCGGAGGCAGACACCGGCCACUCCCGGCCCGACACAGCCGGGCUGGCCGAACUCCCCUUGUACCCCUGCCGGGACCCCCACGGCGACUCCAAAGCCAGUUCCAUAGACACGGGCACGCCCAAGAGCGAGCAGCCCGAGUCUCUGUCCACGAGUGACGAGGGCUACUACGACUCCUUCUCCCCGGGCCUCGAGGAGGACAAGAAGGAGGCCCUGAGCCCGGGGACGCCCUCGGCGUCUUUCCCCCGCGACAGCUACAGUGGUGACGCCCUCUAUGAGCUCUUCUGUGACCCCAGCCAGGGGCCUGACGACCCCAGCUUGGACAAUGACCUGUGUGUGUCCGAGAGCCUCUCGGGGCCCGUCCCGGGGGCCGCGCUGUCCAUGUGCAGCUUUCACAUGGGGGCGGAGGAGAACCUGGCGCCCGCGCCCGGCCCGGAGCUGCUGGGCCCAGGCUUCCUGCAGAGCUCCUGGAAGGGCAAGGAGUGUCUGCUGAAGCUCUGCGACACCGAGCUCGCCAUCACCAUGGGCAUCAUCAACUGGCUGCGCCGUGGCCCUGAGCUCCACGCACCCGCGCCCCCCGCGCCCUCCACGCCCGGGGAGCCCGCGGGUGGAUCUCGGGGAGCAGCAGAGAAGCUGGGGACUGGGGCUGAGCAGCCUGGUCAGGGGCCAGGGAAGCUGGAGGGUGCGGGCAGGAGUCCGACGGGCUCAGCUGCUGGCACGCAGGGACUGUGGGCGCACUCAGGGCCCCCAAACCUGCUGGUGGGGGAGUCUGGGGGCCUGGGGAAAGCCAAGAGAGGGACGGGAUCUCUCUCCGGGGAGCGCUCUCUCGAGCAGAUGCGGGUGUCCGAGGGAGGAGGGACAUCGGGGGGCCCUAAAGGCGCUUUCUCGGCUGUGGACCCUGCGGCUCCCGGGAAAACAGACGCUCUGGGCAGAAACAAGGCCCCCCAGCCCUCUGCGUGGCCCAGCUCCCUCGGGUGUCUCCAGGGUCUCUGGGGACCGGGGCUCGGGGGGGCGGAUCUGGACACAGAGCCCACCUUGGCAGGCUGUGUGGCCCAGGUCGCCGCCCUCCAGAUCCACGAGGCCUGCCAGACCCACGCCGCCGCCGCCGCCGCGCCCCUGACACAGGACAUGGGCGCGACCCGCUUCGGGCUGACUCAAGCCAGGCGCCCCGACAUCCUGCAACAGAAGCAGCCGAGCGGCUUCCGCGGCCUGCCCGCCUUGUUCAGCCCCGCCCAGAGCCCGCAGGACCCCCGCUGCCCAGGCUACGUCCUGAACUGGAGCCAGCUCAGAGUGGAGCCCGCGAGGCUGGAGGCGCAGUUCCCUGCCUCCAUGGAGGACCCGGCCCUGUGGCUCAGCCUGAGAGCCCCCGGGGGCCGUCUGGACUCUUAGCCGCCUGGGGCCCGGGUGGCCCGCCCGGAGACAUCCCCGUCUCAGCCCAGGUCUCACCCCAGACAAGCAGCAGAAGGCCCGUUCUCUCGAGGAUCUCCAAAAGUACACUGCAUUUUUCUCAUUGUUGUAGGUUCCCCCGCCACCGGCCAUCUAGAAGUGAGCAAGGCUAAACCCCACCAAUGCUGGGACUCGACUCUUGCAGGCUCUGUUUCUUUGUGGCCUCCUGCAAGAAAAGCGAGGACUCCCAUCUCCUGGGCUUUGUCCCUGGGGUGAGGAAGGUAUCGGGGAAGUAGCAGGCCGCAAAACUCAGGCAAACAGGGCAGGCAUUUUAACAUGGAGGCGUCCAGGCUUGAACCCACAGGCCCUACCACAUCCUAUGGGUGGCACAAGACCAAGAACGAUUGUGAUGCCGCUGGGACUCUCAAAGUGCCCCUCACUCUCUUUCCCCCUGAAGAGCCUGAUGCCGGAGUGUAAGUUUGAAGGGGCUGUGCCUGGUCGUUCCUCACGCGUCGUGACAGAGAGGAGCCUGGACUUGAGGCUGACAGGGAAACAAAUGGUAAAUAUUGUAAACCGAAAGUGGAGAGAGCCAGGAGACCUGCACUGGAGCCGGGGAUAAUCAGCAUGUGAACUGGGGGCCCAAGGCUCGGGAGGAGACACAGGAGAGGGCUGUGAGGGGGGCACGAAGGCAAGAGAGAGACAAGGUGAGGCCGAGCUCAGAAGACCCCCAGAACCAGCAGCCACAACAUCGCCCCUGGGAAUCAGAUCAGGAGCAGCCCCGUCUCAACACGGAUCUUGACUUGAGACGUCAUCCACUGCGGCUCCACCCUCUCAGGGCUAGUCAAACCCGCACUACCUCAGCUGAUGGGUGUUGGCGAAUCCCCCAGUUAAAAAUCAUCCCAUAUACGGAUAACGGUUUCCCCAAACUUGUCCUUGUAACCGGAGCCACGGAUGUCAAAGUUCUCUUUGGGAAGAAGGUGACUAGUUCUUUCCAACCGUCACUCUUCCCUCCUCCACACAACGACCUCAUCUCUUAGGAAAACUCACUUCUGAGUAGGGCGUCCAGAAUAGUAGAGGGUGGGUGGGCGGAGCUGGGUUCUUAGGAAGGACAGGUGUCUGUCCUGACCGUCUCCGUAGAGCCAGUAGCCUGCCAGGUGUUCUCUGAGUUAGUUCAGCCUCAGCCAGCAUGCAGCAGUGGGGUGUAAAAGACAAGCUGCCCUGGGAAGCUAGAAUGGAGGUGGUCCAGGCGAGAGGCUACAGAUGGACAGAUGCUGACCCCAUGAGCAGUGUCUCUCUGGGUGCUGCUUUAGGCUUAAAAUUAAGUUCCACAGCCCUAUUAGCAGAUGCUAACAGGAACCUACCCCUUUCCGGAUGCAGGUAUCACACUGUAGGCUCAAAAGUCUGCCGACCAGGGCAUCCCCCAACGGAGGUGCUGAUGUGGCAGCCCUCCUGGGAAGCCUCACUGGACUCAUGCUGCUUGAACUGCCACACACACACACACACACACACACACACACACACACACACACACAAAAGGAUCAUGGAGGUAUCCUCAAGCCUUGCUUUGAGCAAGUCAUUAUUGAAAAAUACUUCACCGGUCUCAGUGCGGUUGCUAUGCUCGUUUCUCAGACACAGGGCUGACGCGUCUGUGCUAUGUGGCCAUCCCGGGACACACACAUCAAUGUGUGAGGUUGAUGGGGUUAGCCGACAGCCUGGACCCAAGGCCAGUGCUUCACCGGGUACUUGGAACUUCUCUGGGUGAGGUGCUGCACGGACCUGGAGCCUUGUCCCUCGCCGGCAGUCAUGUGUCACCAUGUGUCACCGUCACAUGUUGCCCUCUAGCAGGAAGAGCCCAGCACUGUGCCCCUAUUGAUCAGAAUGUUGUCACUCUACCGUGCCUGAGCAGAGUACAUGCUAAGUAAAUACUUGUCGAUAAAAUGAAAUAUCAAAA